AUGACGCAGUUCGUCUUUGCAGACCGCUUCAUUUUGCCAGAAAGCUCUGCCCUGGCUUCGACGAGGCUACACAUCAUGUUUUACGCAUCUCUUGUGGUGCAGCAUGUCACCUUUCACGCCUUGUCCCACUCUUGGCUCAAGGGCGACAGCAAGGAGAUGCUCAAGAAGCGAUGCUGGAUUCUCACCACGCUUGCCAGCUUUGUGAUGUGCAUCGCAAGCUUGCCCUACCUCUACGACCUGUUUGCUGGCGGCUUCGACCUCCACACCCUUCGACCACGAACAAAGACCGUGGCCGAACCACUCGCCGCCUUCUUCGUUGCGUACCUCAUUUCGGAUUUGACGCUUGGCUCGAUAUACUAUCGCAAGUUAAUUAACCUCUCUUCCGGAUGGAUUCACCACAUCGCUUACACCUUCUUGUUCGCUCUUUGGGUGCACAAAGGCUGGGCUCACAUUGCAGCUGCCGCGGCCAUCUUUGAGCUACCCACGCUCAUCAUGGGGAUCGCUUCCAUCUAUCCACCGCUCCGUUCCAACAUGGCGUUUACCGUCACCUUUUUCUCCACGCGCGUCUUCUACCACGCCGUCUUGAUUGUAGCCAGCGUCACCGGUCACGGUCGCAGCGCACCAGCCAUCAAUGGUAGCUGGGGUCCGGCCAUCAGUUUGCUCGCCACCUAUCCGAUGCAUGUCUGGUGGGGCUACAAGUGCAUCUGCAGCGUUCGACGCCGGAUGCACAAGCGCAAAUUGGAAGCUGCUCAAGUCGCCAAAGAAAAGGCCUCGCUUGCUUCAGCUGCUGGUCAACUGUUCAACGGCAUGGCUGCUCCCGAUACAAGCAGUGCCGUCAACACGCCGGCCGUCACCCCCGGUGCAGGAGCUACACCAGUCACUGCCAACUUUGGUGCCACUGGUCCCGUUCAUGCUGCCUUCGCUCGCGCCGCAUCAGCUGCUGCUCUUCCGCCUGUGAGCCUUUUCUUACCCAACCGCCGCAAGGGACGAGGUCGGGAUGGAGAGAGCUCUGAGGUCCAUCUGCUCCUCUCCAAGACGCUCAACCCAAGGUACAUCAACUCGAGCUCGGUCUUUACCGCGCCCGUCGCACCUGACGGGGCUGGACCGAACGAUACGGAGCCAUUUUUGGCUAUCCGUUCGCCUGCCGAAUCAAGAGACCGUGCGCGAAGGCUUGUGGCCGAUGCAGUGCGCAAGGUUUGGAUCAGCGCUCCUGCCAGUUGGAGGCGUCAAUUCGAGGAGGAAGCAGGCGUGCGACCCAAAGGCCUCGGAGCCACAGGACGUGUACUAUCCUAUACCACCGACGAGUCUUCGGAGGAGUACGAGGAGCUCGAUUCCGACACGGCAGCAACGUCAGCGUUGGCAUCCGAGAUGUCCGAAUCACGCGCGCGCCGCUACCUCGAAGCACAACGUACGCGCAUCCGUCGCGCCGUACUGCGUGCUGUUCGCACAGCGAUCAACGGUCGAGAUGCGGAUGGCGUCAAGGCCGUCACCUCGCACCGCGGCGAUCGGAUCAACACGUUUGCCGAUGGUGCUGUGGCAGCGGCGGGCGACGUUCGACCCACGGGCAUCGAUCGAACGCUGCUUUCGCUCGAUUUCAGCUCGCUGAUCAAGUAUUUGCCUCCUGAUUUUUUUGGGCAGAACGACGAGAUUCGCGAGUUCCCUGUCGAGCAGGUGGCUCAGGGUGGGCGCCGCAGACGCAUUGUUGGUCAGAUUCGACGUCGGAUGGAGGUAGCCCGUAGUGAUUUUGUUGUCUUCGAUUAG